AUGGACGCCUCUGAUGAUGUCACGGAUGACCUGCUCGGCUUGCCGGGCUUCAUCCGGCGAAACCUUCUGCUGAUGCGGGAGCUGGAUGCGAAGUUUGUCUCCCUUCUAGACGAUGCUAGGACUAAGGAGCAAGACGUAUUAAGCAAGCUGCAAACGCAGACUCCAACAACACCUGCUUCUGAGGAAAAAACGCCGUCUAAGCGCGAAGCAUCUACAAGUCCCAUUAAGAAGCAGGCUUCAGACGAAAAGGGCUCUGGCCCUGCAAAGGGCCGCGGCUCCAAGCAGAAGCAAGCCGCCGAGUCCAAAGGGAAGUCUUCAGGUGGGGAUUCUAAGCGCCAUUGUAAAGGAAAUGCACCAGCUGCUACAGAGAGCGGGACCACACUGACGACCAUCGCACCAAGCGCCCCUCCCCCCGAUCGCGCUACACGGCAAGAAAUGGAUGCCAUUCAGCAGACGCGUAUGGAGGCUAUCUAUCUAAUGCAGGAGAAGUUGGCCAUUAACGACCAGGUGACGUACAUGCUAAAACACGAGUACGAGAAUCUCAAGGUCCUGUUCGACAACAUGUACCACGAGAUGGAGACGUCGGGUCAGAUGACGGAGAAGUUGCGGAUGUCGUUCACCGUGAAUCGGUCCAAACCGCCGCAACUGGAAACUAUUCUGUCGGGCACGGAACAAGAAUUGCUGGGCAAUGCGCCGGCGGCUGCUGCUGCAGGCAGCACAGACACAACUGCCGCUCGUACACCUGCGUGGAUCAGCGUUGUACCUGAAGCGGUCGCAUCCGGCAUUCCGACUUUAACGACGAAAUCUGAGUCAAAGGAUGCUACGUAA